AUGAAGCAAUUCCACAAAGUAGUCUACAAACCCGACUCGCAAUCCACCGACGAAUUCAUGGUCAUCGUCAACCCCGAGGAGUACAAGGCCUGGAUCAAAGGUGACAAGACCAUCCCUCUCGCGGAUGUGGUCGACUCGUUCGAUGUUUUCCACACCGGAACCGGUGCUCAGGGGAUCAUGGGUAGACCGUCAAAACAGCAGCUCGAAACCGUCUUCGAUUCGCACAAGGACGUCGACGUCGUUACGCACAUCUUGGAACGCGGUCAGUUGCAGGCGGCUAGCCAGAAGGAAGCCUACAGCACGACGAACGACGCUAAGCAGGGUCAAAACACUACGUCCAAGGGUAGCGGUGCCGGUUUCGGUGGUCGUUAA